AUGUCCGGAGAACUUCCCACUGCGACGUCGACGACCUACAAGCCUGGCGAGGGCAGCAUGCUGGCGCUCACCUUCCAGGGCACCAAAGACGUUCAGCUGUCGGAGGUGGCCAGACCCACCGUCACCGACCCUACCGACAUCGUCAUUCGCAACACGGCCGUCACCGUUUGUGGAAGCGACCUGCACCUCUAUCACAACGUCAUUCCCAACCUGAAGAAAGGCGACAUUCUCGGCCACGAGGGCACGGGCAUUGUCGAGCAGGUUGGCGCAUCGGUCACUAAGUUCAAGCCAGGCGACCGUGUAGUUGCCGCUUUCAACAUCGCCUGCGGAUCGUGCCGCUACUGCAAGGAGAAGCUGUUCACCAUGUGCGAUCGCACCAACAGCAGCGCUCAGAUGGAGCAGCUCUACGGCCAGAAGCUUGGUGGCGUCCUCGGCUACUCGCAUCUGCUCGGUGGCUACGCCGGCACCCAAGCCGAAUACUUCCGUGUGCCGUUUGGCGAUGUCAACUGCUUCCACGUGCCCGAGACGGUGUCGGAUGAGAAAGCCAUCAUGAUGGCCGAUAUCACGCUCACCGCUUACCACACUGUUGUCGACAUCGACUUCAAGGAGGGCGAGACGGCAGCCAUCUGGGGCGCCGGACCUAUUGGUCAGCUCGUCGCCCAAUGGCUUGUCAGGGUCUUCCAUGCCAAACAGGUGAUCCUCAUCGACAAUGUAGCUGCUCGUCUGCAAUGGGCCAAAGACAAGCUCGGCAACAUCUCUACCAUUAAUUUUGACGUAACCCCCGACGUGGUGGCCGAGAUCCUGAAGAAGUGUCCGGGCGGUGUCGACGUCUCCUUCGACACAGCUGGCGCCCGCUACGCCAAGUCACUCGCGCACAAGGCGAUGCAGAUGGUUGGCGCCGAGACCGACACAUCGGAGAACCUCAACGAAGCCAUCCGGGCUACGCGCAAGUUUGGCCGUAUCUCUGUCAUCGCCGACUACGUGGGACAGUGCAACGCAUUUGAGAUUGGUGCGCUGAUGGAGAAGGGCAUCAUGCUCAAGGGCAACGGUCAGGCACCUGUGCAAGCGUACAUGGAGCAGGUGUUCAAGGACUACGUCGUACCUGGCAAGUUUGACCCGACCUUGGUUCUGACGCACCGCUUCAAGCUGGAGGAUAUCCCCAAGGUGUACAAGGCCUUUGACGAGAAGCGCACCGACGACAGCAAGGGCGGCAUCCCGAUCAUCAAGACGUUCAUCGAGACGAAGGCGUCCAAGCCCAAGGCUCCUGGAACGCCCGCUCUCAGCUCCGUCCCUGGCUUCUGA